AUGGGCGCUACCGUUUUACCUACCUCCUUCCAAGUCCCUGCUGCCGGCGACACCGCUGUCGUCGCCCCUACCGCCGCUCUCCUCCCCGCCUGCAGAUAUCCCUCUUCUCCGACCUUCACAGGCGUGCGCGAUGGUUUCGCGUGCGAGACUUGGCUCACCCAGGUUCGACGUUUUUUUCGCGGUGCACAAAUUCUGGAUGUAAACCGCACUGUCACCGCUAUUGCCGACCUGGGUGAAGCUGGCCUCCUACGGUGGGACGGCCAAUACCGUUCGGACACCGACUGGCUCGACUUCGAAAAGGCUUUCCGCGAGGAGUUCCGCCCUGCUGGUUUCCAUGAGCGCAUACGAGCGUUGUUGUUCUCAAUCAAGAUGACCUCCACAGUGGCCGUGAACAUCACAUUUACCCUGAACAAUGCUGACGCUCUCGGCGUCCUUCCGACAGCACAGAGCAUCAUGGACUGGCGCACCCAACCAUCAGGAGAAAUCGCACGAGGAUUUGCGAGUGUUGGUCUUUUUUCAACAGAUCAGAUCAUGGAUGAAGGAUUGGAGGCGACGAUCACCGGCGUAGCUUCAUCAGCCAGUGGAUUGCAGCAGAACGAUGCAGGAUAG